AAUGGAUCAACCAACGGCGAGCAUGAAGACACUUGGAGAGGAAUCAGCUGCUGUUAUUGACUUAAGUGAAAAGUCUGUUGAUGGUGAUGUUCAUAUGGGGGAAGCUGUGGAGUCGGUAGAGGCGGAGCGAAGUGUUUCAGGAGUUGCUAAAAGGUCAUCAGAGGUUAUACACAAUGAACCACCAACGCAAGUGUACCUCCCUCCUGAGCUCGGUGCUCCGGCCUUCUCUGUGACGACUCCGCCUCGACGACCUAUUGCUUAUGAUGAAUAUGAGAUGGACAACGGCAGUAGUCGCAUCGCGUAUCUUCGCAGUGUCCUACCAACUCAGCCAGUACCGGUGCCUCCACCGAUGCAGUAUAGAAUGCCAACCUCUGGUGGUGACACUCAUUUCAAUGACGAGGAGAGGCGACGUGUUGCGCUUAAGGCUGAUGCUAAGAGGAAGGAACUCAGGGCUGCCUCAGUGCUCCUCUAUACCAUUGAUUUUAAGAAGGCAUUGGAAGAAUAUUUGCAGCAACAUGGUAUUCAGCUCGAAGUGGAUGAUUAUUCGGUGAACAGAGGGGAGAUGAUGGAGAAGGGUCUCCCCUAUCGUUGUGUUGUAUGGUGGUAUCAGCAGCCUAAUGGGGGUGGGAGGAUCGACUUUGAUGGUGGUUAUCAAUCGGACUAUCGUCUAGCUCUCCAAGCAGCGGCACAUGCGGCUAUAACGUUGAAGGGAAUACCAUUGGAUGACCUACUGGAAAAGAACAGUAGUAAUUAUGGUAAUUCCGUGAUACCGGCUACUACGGCGAGGCUGAAGGACGUGCUGAAAGAAGGAGGAGAUGAGGGGAAGGAGAUCAUCACCUUCACUGAGGCCCAGCGAGAGGUCCAGGAUGGCGAUGAACUGCAUAAGGAGUAUCAGUAUACGGCUAAAGUGGCAGGAUGGGGAGGAGAGGAGACUGCUGAGUUUACAGGAGGAUGGCAUGCUUCUGCUAUGGAUGCUAAGAAUGACUCCUGCCAGAAAGUAUGGUCGGAGAUCGAUGCGAAGGAGCGAGCGAAGCGGGAGGAGGAGGAAGCUGAGCGGAUGGCCAAGGAGAGGGAGGCUAGGAUGAAGGAACAACUUGAAAAAGAUAAGGAAAUUAAGGAGAGGCUGGCGAAGGAAAAGGAGCGUGAGAGAGAAGCCAGGAUAAAGGCGGCGCCGGUGAGGAUGUCAGCAGUGGCGGCUAGUUACAGUGAUAAGAGGCAACUUGGGCAGACUGGGGGAGGACCGGACAAGAGGCCCAGAGUCGCUGCCUCGUAUGAGCAGCAGCACCAGCAGCAGAUGCCACAGGGAGGUUCAAUGUUGAGGAGGGAACCAGUACAGCAACAACAACAGCAGGGAACACAUAGGCCCUACCCUAGUCCGGCACCUCCGUACCAACAACGGUCGUAUGCUCAGCACAACCAGCAACAACAGAUUAGUAACAGGCCACCAAUGCACUCAGUACCUCAACACCAGACGCCUACUGCUCAGCCGGCAGUGGGAGCAUCAAUGAAUCGGGCAGGUUUCGGAUCUUACGGGUCGUCAUCGGCGGCACCACCAGCAUCAACAGCAGGAGGACCGUGGCAACAGCAGCAAGGUGCUACGAUGAUGGCAACAGCAACACCAGCAGUUGGCGGCGCCUAUCAGUCGAGGAAUCCUCUGCCACCCCAGCCGUACCCACAGUCUAGUGUGGCGGAUAUGGCGGCUAGAGCUGCUCAGAUGUCAGCAGCUGCUAGCUACUACGGUCAGCAAACUGUGAAGCAACAACCGGGCAUGGCUAGUUAUGCUACCACCGCUGCUACUGCUACUGGUGGUGGUACGACUCAGCCGUUUGGUAGACAUGCGGCUGUGUCCUCUACCUCGUAUGCUCAACAACUACCUCCUGCCGCUACUGCUCUCAAUGCUGGACAGUAUAUGGCUGGUAGCCAAUAUAGUAGCGGUCUCACUCAGCAGCAACAACAGCAGUACAAGUCAGUGCAGUCUUCGGGAGGGCUGGGGGUGUAUGGUGGCGCUGCUAGCAGUAGUGGGCAGCAGACUGCAAUGCCAAUGUAUACUGGUAUCUAUGGCCAGCAACAACAACAGGCUCGUACACCAACGCCAGGGCCCAGUGCUCAGCCAGCUACUGCUGCUGCUGGAGGUGGGCAGGCACCCUACGCUGGGCAGGCUGUGAAGGCAACAUCAUCGUUGGAGGAGUACGCAGCAGCUCUCGCCACCUAUCAGAAACAGAUGGCCGAAUACGCUGCCAAAUGCUCAGCAUACUACGCUCAACAACAACAACAGCAACGUCAGUAGAGGAGUACGAAU